GCUCUUUCCAUUCCAUUUCUCUAUUUGACCCUUUCGAUUUCUUCUGUGUCUGGGUUCUGAAAGUGGGUUACAUUCCAUUUUUCUUCCGUUUCUCCAUAGCCCCUUUUGAUUUCUUCUGUGUUUGAAGAAGGAUCUUUCCGGUCUUCACUCACUACCCAUUACCCAGAUUCGAAAACUGAGUUUUUGUUGUAAUGGAACCAGACGAAAUUGCUGCCUACGCCAAUGGUGGAUUAGGACAGUCGCUCCAGAACUUGACCAUGGGAUGCAUAUCUGCUGACCGAAUUCGCUCCCAUGGAGUUUUCAUCGGAUCAAACCCUUUUGAGUACUCUGUGCCUUUUCUUUUAUUGCAGUUGGUUAUUUCUGGAGGGGCCAUUAUGAUGUUUUCUAAGCUCCUCAAACCCCUCGGCCAACUCCUCAUCGUCUCUCAAAUCUUGGGAGGCUUAGUUCUAGGAGCUUCGGUUCUGGGCCAGUUCGAGGGAUUCAGAGAAACCUUUUUCCCUAUGAGGGGAUUCAUAUUCCUUGAUAUAGUAGGUUCAGUGGGAUACAUGUUUUACUUCUUCCUCAUUGGGGUGCAAAUAGAUCCUUCGAUAGUAAAGAAGAUUGACAAGAAGGCAUUUGCUAUUGGUUUCGGUACUGUGGUUUUACCUCUGGUUCUUACCAUCAUUUGCAGUUACACUAUAAACGGGACGAAUAAUGUGAACUCCCAAAUCAGAAAAACCUUUAUCUAUGUUGGUGCAACAGAGUCCUUUAUCAACUUCCCCACGAUUGCUUACUUUCUUUCUGAGCUUCAUAGAAUGAACUCUGAGCUUGGGAGAAUCGCUUUGACAUCUUCCAUGGCUUCUGCUUUGUGCAGCUAUUGCAUUAUGGUUCUAGGAGUUCUCUUGAAACUAAAUGUUGACAGAUAUGAGGUCUUCUCAACAAUUUUUCCUUCUGUGAUUCUGAUAGUCAUCAUCAUUUAUGUGCUUCGGCCUGCCAUUCUUUGGAUGAUGAAGCAGAAUCCGAUCGGGCAGCCGUUAAAAGAGGGCUAUGUGAUUACCUUGCUUUUAGGGGCGUUGGUGACUGGCUUCUUUUGCCAGGCCACUGGUUUAUAUUUACAUUUUGGUCCCCUUGCACUUGGGGUUGCAAUACCUCCAGGGCCUCCUAUUGGAUCAACAUUGGUAGAGAGGCUUCAUUUCAUCACCUCAUGGAUUUUCAUGCCAAUCUUCUUUGUCAAAAUAGGCUGGUUUAUCAACAUCUUUAUCAUUAAACUCAAACAUUUUUUAGUCCUAUCGUUCGCUAUCGUUGUUGUUGCAUUGGGAAAGUUUUUUGGCGCCUUUAUGAUUUCAAUCUACUUCAAACUGCGUGUGAGAGAUGCCGUAUUGCUCGGCCUCAUCAUGAAUAGUCAAGGAGCUAUGGAGCUUGGUUUGUUUUAUUCGAAGAAGAAGGACAAGAUGUUUGAUAAUGAAACAUUUUCAGUUAUGUGCCUAUGCAUGGUGAUUUUGGUUAUAUCUAUCACUUCCAUAAUGAGAUAUCUCGAUGAUCCUUUGAGAAGGUAUGCAGUUUACGAUAGAAGAACAAUGAUGCACUCGAGACUGAACUCUGAUCUCCAUUUAUUAGUUUGCAUUCACGACCAAGACGAUGUUCCAAAUGCCAUUAAAAUUCUUGAGGCCUUGAAUCCAACAAGACAAAGCCAUCUUGUUGUCUACAUACUUCAUCUUGUUGAGCUUCUUGGCCGUGCUAACCCACAACUCAUUGCCCACAAACAUACGAAGGUAGGUACUUCAAGGUCUUGCCCUUCUGAGCCUAUCGUUAAUGCCUUCAAAUACUUUGGACAGAGCAACCGUGACAUAGUUGAAAUUUAUCCCUUCACUGUUAUAUCUUGUUUUGCAACUAUGCACCAUGACGUUUGUUCGCUUGCAUUCGACAAAGAGACUUCUUUGGUUCUUGUUCCUUUCCACAAGAGAUUUCAUUCCAAUGGUGUGUUGUCAUUGUGCAAAAAUAAUACGAGGGCUGUUAACAAUCACAUCGUAGACAAAGCACCCUGCUCUAUCGCCCUUGUUGUCGACCGUGGGCUCUUAGAAGUCUCAAGCUCUAUCACAAACACCUUACAUCCUUUUCAUAUAGUCGUGGUGUUCAUAGGUGGACCAGAUGAUCGAGAGGCAAUGUUCAUCGGGGCAAGAAUGGCUGGGCACCCCAAUAUCAACUUGACAAUGAUCCGAUUAUUGGAAAAUGGGAAUGUCCCGUGCUAUAAUGUAGAAGAGAGGAGGCUCGAUAAUGAGGCAGUGAGCAAGUUUCGACAAAUCAUAGUAGGCAACUGCAAAGUAUCGUACAUAGAAGAGGUGGUUAUGGAUGGCACUGGAACAGUCUCCAUACUUCGUUCGAUGGGGAACAAUUUCGACCUUGUAGUGGUAGGAAGACGCCAUUGUCCGAGUUCACCGCUAGUUCAAGGGUUGGUGCUUUGGAAUGAGGAUACCGAACUUGGAGCAAUUGGAGAGGUAUUGGCCUCUUCAGAUUUCAUGGGCAAUACCUUAAUCUUGGUUGUUCAACAACACACAAAAGCGAUUAAUGAAGACCCUGAGAAUCACCUAGAAAGUGUCGUUCCCAUGGACAGGUAUUUAGUAUAGGAUGAUAGAGAAAGAAAAUUUUUCCAAUAGAAGUUUUGAUUCUACUCCAAUGAUUCAAAGUUGGAGAACUCAUUUUUGCUCAAUCUGACACUUUUCUCUUUGAGCUUCAACAAUGUACAUUUCCACUCGAACCAUAUCCAUGUGUAAACA